UUGUCAAAUUCAAUUUUUUAUAAUCAUAAAUCUUCCUCGGGAAAACUAAAAAGGAAGAUUCUACAUUGCCAAAAUUGCCAUUGAUUAUUUCCACACAAUCACAAAACAAAAAGGCUGAUAAUGUCUUUUUGCAAAAGAAUGUCGGUCAAUCUAGGAGCCCCGUCGAGAGGAAAUUUGAGAAAGGACGGGGCAGUUGAAGUAGUUGUACGCUACAGUACUAGCAUAUAACGCAAAGCCAAUCUCGAGAGUCAAAAUAACCUUCCUCUCUCUCUUUCUCUCUCCGUUAGAUUUUACUCUCUCUCGUCUUUCCUUUCCUUAUUCUAAUAAUUCUAAUUCCAGCUUCUAUUCUCCUUUGUGUCAAGAAAUAACCGCCUCGAUCCCCAGUGAAUAAUUGUAAGUUAAAGGUUGAAGGAACAAAACCGCGGCUAGGGGUUUUAUAUUUUUGUGGCUGAGACAGCUUUUAGGUUUUGAGGAAUGGCAGAGAAAUCUUGUGUUAAGCGCCUUCAGAAAGAAUAUAGAGCGCUUUGUAAGGAACCAGUUUCUCAUGUUGUUGCUCGUCCAUCCCCAAAUGACAUCCUUGAGUGGCAUUAUGUGCUGGAAGGGAGUGAGGGAACACCUUUUGCAGGUGGGUACUACUAUGGAAAAAUCAAGUUCCCUCCAGAGUAUCCCUACAAACCUCCUGGAAUCACCAUGAUCACCCCCAAUGGACGAUUUAUGACACAGAAGAAAAUAUGCUUGUCUAUGAGUGAUUUUCAUCCAGAAAGUUGGAACCCUAUGUGGUCUGUAUCAAGCAUACUCACAGGGCUUCUCUCUUUCAUGAUGGAUAACAGUCCUACUACAGGCAGUGUUAACACUACUGCUGCUGAGAAGCAACGCCUGGCAAAGAUGUCCCUUGCUUUUAAUUAUAAGAACCCAACAUUCAGAAAAUUGUUUCCAGAAUAUGUGGAUAAGUACAACAAGCAGCAGCAACAGCCUGUUUCAGAGCAUUUAUCCCUUGAAUCACCACAAGAAGAAAAUUCAAAACCUGAGGCGCAAAAACUUGUUAAUUCUUCUGGGAAAGAUGUUAAAAAAGUAGAUACCCUGAUGGAUAAAAGAAGAAAUGGAAAACAGUCGUUCCCAACGUGGAUGAUGUUGUUGCUAGUUUCCAUCUUUGGUAUUGUAAUGGCAUUGCCGCUGCUUCAACUUUGAUAUCUGGGGCGCAACAUGGAAAAGAUCUGUAGUGGUUAGUGAUUAUACAGUCUCUAGUUGAAGGAAUCUUGUUCUAUGCUCCUUAGAUUUGUCGUGUGCUAGAAGGAAUGUAUAGGGGGUUUGAUUCCAAGGAGGGUCAGUUGAAUCUUGACUGAUGUUUCUCCUAUGUUAAGUUCAUGUUGGUAAUUUUGCCGAUUGACAUUGAAACAUUUCAUGUUUGUAAUGUUGGUCGUAUUUUAGUUGGAGUCUGUUGGUCGCUUUGGUUUUAUACUCUCUCUCUCUCUCUCUCUCUCUCUCUUACACACACACACACACACACACACAUACAUACCCAAGGCAAAGGUCAUGGACUGCAGGAAAUUGAGAUUCAUGAGCUGAAAAUACAAAAGAUUUUGGCUUAGCUAUGACAUUAUGUAAUUGCUCGCAGAAGGCCAACCAAUGGACCAACUUUGCGAGAGAGGACGUGGUAAAGAACAAUGAGCUUUUCUUAAUGCUGAUUUGAGCUUGCAUUAUAUAAAAAUUAUGAUGGUAGGAUCAAUCUCUACUCUCUGUAUUUCUUUUAUUUUAUUUUCUUUUUGAACGGUUCGUUUGAAAAGAUGUUGGGAUUAGUUUUGGUGAAAUUAAAAAUAAUGAUGGAGUUUUGGUGAGAUUAAAAAUAAUGAUGGAGGUGAAAUUAGUUAUUGUGUUAAUGAGAUUAAAAUCAAUGAUGAA